CCACUCUCUAUGCCUGGUUUCUAUGAUACUCUGCGCCUAUUCCCAAAUUUAGAAUACUUUGAAUAUGCCACUAAUUUUCAUACAUUCAACAAUCAAUUUCAAGGGGUAACACCCGAUAUGUUUGAAGCUGAACAAGAGGCUGUUGCUAGAUUUAUGGCGACACAAAAUUCGCUAAACUAUGUUGAUCAAUGGAACCAACCAAUCACUAGAGAACAACGCUUAAUUGCCGGCAUGACAGUGCGCUCUGACCAA